GUAUUUCGUCAGCGCACGCCUGAAGAUGCUAUUAACCUAGUUGCUCGGCUGUUAGAAUACACGCCUUCAGCUCGCAUAACUCCACUCCAGGCAUGUGCACAUAAGUUCUUUGACGAACUCAGGGACCCCAACACCAGACUACCCAACAACCGAGAACUACCACCCCUCUACAAUUUCACCGAACAAGAAAUCAAGAUCCAACCCGAGUUGAACAACAAACUGAUUCCUCCACAUUAUCGUGGGGAACCAGCUAACAGUAGCACGGAGGCGGCUCCUCUGCCGUGGACUCUUCGGAGGGUGCUGCAGCUGCUGCUGUCAAUGAAAACUGAGUUAGAAUGCUGACAGCUCAGCCAGCCACCCCUGCAGCCUCCCCAACUGCUUCCCUGCCCCCUUGUGCCAUUCCGUUGACUGCUCCAAUGUAGAAAAGGCCUGGCUGAAGGGGCUUGGAGGCCUGUCUUCUUGGGUGGAUAGCUGUACCUCAAGCUGCAGUCUGGCUGUUAAACGUGCGGGCCCUCAUGAUGUGUAAAGUGUAAAUACAUUGAAUAAUACUAGUGAAUGACUCCCCAGGCUUGAGGCACCUAGCAGCCACACCGUUUGCUUGUUAUUGCAUACACUGUUGUGCAUGUGUGGCUGGGCCCAGGUGUCCUCGACCUUGAGGCAGGAGCUUGGUGCUGACGGCUAGCCCUCGGGUGCCCCGGGUGCCCACUGCAUGCGUGGUAGCAUACUGCUCACGGGGUCCUGCGAGCACCCAACCCCUCGCCCAGCAGUGGAAUCAGCCUCGGAUGCGUUGUAUUUGUCUUGGACUAUCAUAGUUAGGUCCAUCAUGUCUGCACCAAGUUUUGUAGGCCACUGUUGCAUGGGAGUCUGUAUGCUCUUGACGAGGUGUAUAGUUUGACCAACAGCAAUGUGCUCCCUCUUGUAUUCUGCUGCCUCCCACCUCCCCUGCUGUCCCCAUUACCUUCUCACCUGCAGCAGCUAGUUCACCCCAAGCCAGUGCUAGUGAUGAGUUGUGAGUUGUUGGUGUGUCACACUGAGUUAGUGCCAAUGUUACUUGUAGUAUCACCUCUGUUUGCCCGCCCUGGGCUCACUUUGUUCCUGCUCUUCUGCCAGGGACACCAGCUUCCCAUUGUAGCGUCAGUGUCCCUGGAAUUGCAAAAAAAAAAAUCCAGUUAUAAUUAUUAUUAUUAUUAUCAUAUUAUUAUUAUUAUUAUUAUAAGGCCAGCCUGGGCUUCACUGGUCCCUAGACAGCACAUACACCACCACACUAUUCCAUCACCAGUAGAGGGCGAGGUAAAGGCUUAUUACCAUAUUAUAUGAACUAUAGCCAUCAUAGUGUGGAUCAUUUCUUGUCAUCCAGCCCUGUUACAGCAAAAGGUUGUACAGCUCAUGGCAGUAUAGGCUAGACUGGACAUCAUGCUUGCACUGCAUGCAUGGAAGUCUAAAACGAUGAGGUUUGUGUACUGUCCCUCAGAAUAGGCUGAUGAACUUAUAGAAUGACAAGCAGUCUGUUGCUUGUCUAGCAUUUUAAUGUUGGAAUUCCUCUUCUGUAUAUAGUGUUCAUUUUCACAUUUGCCAUCACAAGUACAAUUUAUACAUAGACAGUUCUUAAAGCGGUCUCUGCAGAUGACCAGGGCUCCAGGCCACUUUGUAGUUCAUCACAGUAUUUGAAUGGAUGCUGCUGUUCCAGAAUCCUGUAUGAUCCUCUGUACUCAUUGAUUGCUGGUGGAGAGGUGUCAGGUGUAUCAUAUUUGUUCUUUCCUUCUUUCUAAUUAACCCUAUUGUGUAAGUGGUUGAGCAGGAAGACGACAAUGCUAACUCAGUAAACUACACCCUUCCCAUCCCCAUCCCCUGGUGGUGUUGUCAGAUACCAUCCAACCAGUGACACUUGCAUGGAAGCCUAGUUAUACCAUCAGUGAUUAGGAGCUUUAGAAGGUCGUACUACAAUAAGGUUCAUUUUCAGUAUCCACAACCGGAAGAAAUCACUUGAACCUCAUUGAACUACUGUCCAGGGCCUUGUAGAUUACUCUUUAAAGCAUUUGCUCAUUCAUGUUUCUCAUUUAUUAUGAUGCAGUGGGAGAACAAAAUAAGUAAACAGCCUGGUUGCUAUUUUUUCUCAUAGCAUGGAUGAAUCAUAGUUUUUAUUUACUCUAAUAAUAUGAUUGGUAUUGCUGGUAGGUACAAAAAGGGUAUUACCCUUCUUGUCUCUUGAAUAUUGAAUACACAGACCGUAUCAGCAGAUGAACUUUAAAAUAUUGACAAGGUUCAUUUCUAUAUAUUGCAGAGUAGGAAGUAAAGCCUUAUUUUAAUCAAAUCAAAAGUUAAUAAAGCUUAAUUGAAAGCUUUACACUUCCUCCAGUGAGACUGUCCAUUCUCCCAGUCAGAUUUGUUUAAUUGCAAAAUCUUAUCGUUUUUUAGUCACACAGCUCAGUGAAAAAUUUCUUUGCAUCCAUGUUUUAAGGGCAACAAGCCCACCAAUACCUCGAUGUCUCAGGCCCGUUUACUGUAAAUUUUGGUUACACAAUAUCUGAUUUUGAAUGUUGUGUUUAUUUUAUAAUUGGGAUAUACACAUUUCACAGACAAAUCAUUUGCAUUGUAAUUUUUUUUGAUCAAGGGUAAUCAGGAAUAAAUUAAGUGGGGCCCAGGAGUGCUUGAGGCAUUGGUGUUGUGCGCCAGACUCUCACACAGAUCAUUUAGGGCCUAGGGCAAGUGAAGUGAAGCAGGAGGGGCUAAUAUAUAUAUAUAUAUAUAUAUUCAAGAGCCAGCAGUCACAUUCCUUCAGUCUUGUUUAUACAGGACAUGGGAUUUUAAGAUUUAUAUAUUGUUUAAACUCAUUUUGGGAAAUAAGCAUGAAUUGUACAUAAUGACAAAAAUCUCAUAUCCUGAGUGAACAAGUUGUGUGUAAUUGUGAUGGUUGGCAUCUCAUCACUUAGUAUAUUCUGCUACUCAUCCAGGGCACGAAAUCAUUUCCUUUCAAAUAUUUUAGUAAAAUGGACAAGUUCAGUGUUGGCUAAGUUUUAGAUGGGACUUUCAAUUAGGUUUCAUAUUCCGUUUCAUAGUGCAAAAUAACAAGCCAUUAUUGAAGUCCCCACAUCAGAAAGACAUUCACUGAAUAUAUCAAUACGUGAAAAUGCAGUGCUGGGCGUUUGUGGGGUAUUGCUGCCAGAAAAUCUGUCACCUUGAUUUGUGGCUUGUUCACUCAAUAGAAAGAAACACAAUUUGUGCAGAAGUAAUAUAUAUAUAUAUAUUAUAUAUAUAUAUAUAUCUAUAUAUACUUAUUAUAUAUAUUAUAUAUAUAAUAUAAUAUAUAUAUUACACGUAUAUAUAUAUAUAUAUAGACUGCAACAUGUAGUGAUAGAGGUAGAACUUUUGCUGGGAGGGGACAUGGCAAGAUCAGGUGUGUGUGCGUGUUAUGUGUGGUGGGUUGUCAUGAAAUGAUUAUUGAAUGAAAAUAAAGUUUACUGUGUUGGGUGUCUAAAUUGGUUGUGGUAAGCAUGUGUAAAAGUAUGACAUAGUUGAUGACCCCAAGUUCCCCUUUUGUAAGCAUAUGAGGAUACCAGGGUAAGUUUAGCAUAUAAUACCUCAUGUACAGAAAAAAGUGAAGAGCAGUAAGAUGGAUAUUGACAAUUAGAGCUUUAAGAGCUCUUGGUUUUUAAUGCAGAACAGAUCUGACAACCCAAGCACUACAAUAAGGAGCUGUUACCUGUUGACAGAUAAGUUUUGCCGCAAUAGUGGGCCUAACGGUUUAUUGUUGUUGUUUAAGUGAUAGGCAUAG